AUGCUUACCGGCCGGCAACAACUCGUUGGUGGUUACAAUCAGGGCUUGAAUUGGUUCUACUUUGAUCCAGAAACGGGGGCCGAAUUACGUGAUAGCUGGAAGGAGUUUCCAAAACAAGGUAAAUGGUGCCACUACGGAGAGAAUGGCGUUAUACUCAAGGGACAGCAUCAACUUCCCGGUGGCGAUGAUGGUGGUGUGCAUUGGUUUUAUUUCGACGAAGUAACCGGAGCAGAAUUUCGUAAUUGCUGGAAGCCGAUUUCCUCUCAGGGAAAAGUCUGUUACUACGGCUCAGACGGUGGUGCUAUGUACAAGGGACGGCGUGAAAUUAACGGUCGGGACUAUUAUUUUGAUGAAGCUACGGGGACUCUUCGUUAGUU